GGGCCCCCUCCUCCUCACUCCUUGCCCUCCAGCGAAGCGGCCACUGGAGCGCUGCAGGCGGCUGCGCCCGCCUACCCCGCCCCAGACCUGUCGGCGAAAGGCAGCUGAAGAAAUGUGUCCAGAGAAAAUAAGCUUUUUUAAGACAGUAUUUCAUUGAGAAGAGUUGUUCAAAGAGUUGAGGACAAUGGGAACAUCAUCAAUGGUUUAUUAAAAAACAAGUAGUUUAUGCCAACGUGGCUUCAUUCAUACAGAUGAACCAAGGAUUGGGAUAGCAGUAUAAAAUUAGAAUCAGACAGCUGACUGCCCAGCAGGAUGCCAUCAACUAACCGAGCGGGCAGCCUGAAGGACCCUGAAAUUGCAGAGCUCUUUUUCAAAGAAGAUCCAGAGAAGCUCUUCACAGAUCUCAGAGAAAUUGGCCAUGGAAGUUUUGGAGCAGUGUAUUUUGCACGAGAUGUACGCACCAAUGAAGUGGUGGCCAUUAAGAAAAUGUCUUAUAGUGGAAAGCAGUCUACUGAAAAAUGGCAAGAUAUUAUUAAGGAAGUCAAGUUCCUGCAAAGAAUAAAACAUCCUAACAGUAUAGAAUACAAAGGCUGCUAUUUACGUGAGCACACAGCAUGGCUUGUAAUGGAAUAUUGUUUAGGAUCUGCUUCAGAUUUACUAGAAGUUCACAAAAAGCCAUUACAAGAAGUGGAAAUAGCAGCAAUUACACAUGGUGCUCUCCAGGGAUUAGCCUAUUUACAUUCUCAUACCAUGAUCCAUAGAGAUAUCAAAGCAGGAAAUAUCCUUCUGACAGAACCAGGCCAGGUGAAACUUGCUGACUUUGGAUCUGCUUCCAUGGCAUCUCCUGCCAAUUCUUUUGUGGGAACGCCAUAUUGGAUGGCCCCGGAAGUAAUUUUAGCCAUGGAUGAAGGACAGUAUGAUGGCAAAGUAGAUGUAUGGUCUCUUGGAAUAACAUGUAUUGAACUAGCGGAAAGGAAGCCUCCUUUAUUUAAUAUGAAUGCAAUGAGUGCCUUAUAUCACAUAGCCCAGAAUGAAUCCCCUACACUCCAGUCUAAUGAAUGGUCUGAUUAUUUUCGAAACUUUGUAGAUUCUUGCCUCCAGAAAAUCCCUCAAGAUCGCCCUACAUCAGAGGAACUUUUAAAGCACAUGUUUGUUCUUCGGGAGCGCCCCGAAACAGUGUUAAUAGAUCUCAUUCAGAGGACAAAGGAUGCAGUAAGAGAGUUGGACAAUCUGCAGUAUCGAAAGAUGAAGAAACUCCUUUUCCAGGAGGCACAUAAUGGACCAGCUGUAGAAGCACAGGAAGAAGAAGAGGAACAAGAUCAUGGUGUUGGUCGGACAGGAACAGUGAAUAGUGUUGGAAGUAAUCAGUCUAUUCCCAGUAUGUCCAUCAGUGCCAGUAGCCAAAGCAGUAGUGUUAAUAGUCUUCCAGAUGCCUCAGAUGACAAGAGUGAACUAGACAUGAUGGAAGGGGACCACACAGUGAUGUCUAAUAGUUCUGUCAUCCAUUUAAAGCCUGAGGAAGAAAAUUACAGAGAAGAGGGAGAUUCUAGAACAAGAGCAACUGAUCCACAGUCUCCACCGCAAGUAUCCCGUCACAAAUCGCACUAUCGUAAUCGAGAACACUUUGCUACUAUACGGACGGCAUCUCUGGUUACAAGGCAAAUGCAAGAACAUGAGCAGGACUCUGAGCUUAGAGAACAGAUGUCUGGCUAUAAGCGUAUGAGGCGGCAACAUCAAAAGCAGCUGAUGACUCUGGAAAAUAAGCUAAAGGCUGAGAUGGAUGAACACCGCCUCAGAUUAGACAAAGAUCUUGAAACUCAGCGUAACAAUUUUGCGGCAGAAAUGGAAAAACUUAUCAAGAAACAUCAAGCUUCUAUGGAAAAAGAGGCUAAAGUGAUGGCGAAUGAGGAGAAAAAAUUUCAGCAACAUAUUCAGGCCCAGCAGAAGAAAGAACUAAACAGCUUUUUGGAGUCCCAGAAAAGAGAAUAUAAACUUCGAAAGGAACAGCUUAAGGAGGAGCUGAAUGAAAACCAGAGCACCCCUAAAAAAGAAAAACAAGAGUGGCUUUCAAAGCAGAAGGAGAAUAUACAGCAUUUUCAAGCAGAAGAAGAAGCUAACCUUCUUCGACGUCAGAGACAAUACCUAGAGCUGGAAUGCCGUCGCUUCAAAAGAAGAAUGUUACUUGGGCGUCAUAACUUGGAGCAAGACCUUGUCAGGGAGGAGUUAAAUAAAAGGCAGACUCAGAAGGACUUAGAGCAUGCCAUGCUACUACGACAGCACGAAUCCAUGCAAGAACUGGAGUUCCGUCACCUCAAUACAAUUCAGAAGAUGCGCUGUGAGUUGAUCAGAUUGCAGCACCAAACUGAGCUCACUAACCAGCUGGAAUAUAACAAGCGAAGAGAACGAGAACUAAGACGAAAGCAUGUUAUGGAGGUUCGACAACAGCCUAAGAGCCUAAAGUCUAAGGAGCUCCAAAUCAAAAAACAGUUUCAGGAUACCUGCAAAAUCCAAACCAGACAGUACAAAGCAUUAAGAAACCACCUACUGGAGACUACACCAAAGAGUGAGCACAAAGCUGUUCUGAAACGGCUCAAGGAGGAGCAGACCCGGAAGUUAGCCAUCUUGGCUGAACAGUAUGAUCACAGCAUUAACGAAAUGCUCUCCACACAAGCUCUGCGUUUGGAUGAAGCACAGGAAGCAGAGUGCCAGGUUCUGAAGAUGCAGUUGCAGCAGGAACUGGAGCUGUUGAACGCAUAUCAAAGCAAAAUCAAGAUGCAGGCUGAGGCACAACAUGAUCGAGAGCUUCGGGAACUUGAACAGAGGGUCUCCCUCCGUAGGGCACUCCUAGAACAAAAGAUUGAAGAAGAGAUGUUGGCUUUGCAGAAUGAACGUACAGAACGAAUACGAAGCCUGCUGGAGCGUCAAGCCAGAGAGAUUGAAGCUUUUGACUCUGAAAGCAUGAGACUAGGUUUUAGUAACAUGGUCCUUUCUAAUCUCUCCCCUGAGGCAUUCAGCCACAGCUAUCCGGGAGCUUCUGGUUGGUCUCACAAUCCUACUGGGGGUCCAGGAUCUCACUGGGGUCAUCCCAUGGGUGGCCCACAACAAGCUUGGGGCCAUCCAAUGCAAGGUGGACCCCAGCCAUGGGGUCACCCCUCGGGGCCAAUGCAAGGGGUACCUCGCGGUAGCAGUAUGGGAGUCCGCAAUAGCCCCCAGGCUCUAAGGCGGACAGCUUCUGGGGGACGGACGGAGCAGGGCAUGAGCAGAAGCACGAGUGUCACUUCACAAAUAUCCAAUGGGUCACACAUGUCUUAUACAUAAUCAUUGAGAGUGGCAAUUCUGCUGGAGCUGUCUGCCAAAAGAAACUGCCUACAGACAUCGUCACAGCAGCCUCCUCACUUGGGUACUACAGUGUGGAAGCUGAGUGCAUAUGGUAUAUUUUAUUCAUUUUUGUAAAGCGUUCUUGUUUUGUGUUUACUAAUUGGGUUGUCAUAGUAUUUGGCUGCUGGGUUGUUUUGUUUUUUAACUUUUGGGGAAUUUUUGAA